GUUGCAAUUGGUCCUCAGGUUAAGGAACUCCAGUUUAGUAUCGUCGCAAAUGAUCACUCGACUGCAACCACAGGGUCUCCAUACAUUCCUUACAUCUUACGCUUGUGGAAAGCAACAAAUUCGGGCUAUUCGAGCGUUUGCAACGUACCGGAACCGGUGCAGUCACCUUCACUCUGCUAAAUGUUUCCCUGCUAUAAGAGCGCAUAAUGCUAGAGAAAAGCACGCUUUCCACACCUCUGCACCACUCUGCGUUGUACAAGACCCUUACAAGGUUCUUGGUGUUAGCAAAGAUGCACCUAGUGCUGAGAUAAAGAAGACUUAUUUUGCACUUGCUCGAAAAUAUCAUCCUGACACAAAUUCAGAUAAGGGGGCGCAAGAAAAAUUUGUAGAAAUCCAGGAGGCAUAUGAUGUUUUAAAGGAUGACAAGAAACGUGCUGCAUACGAUAAAUACGGUGCAGCAUCUCAGCAACCUGGCUUCGAUCCAAAUGCCUUCUCAAGGGGAGCUGGCGGGUUUUCUGGAUUUGGUGCUCCUUUUGGUAACGGUGGCUCGUUUUCCAAUGACCUCUUUGAUCAAUUAUUCGGUGGUGGAUUUAAUGAUCGAACUCGAAGUACUGGGUUUGGACAGAAUAUGAGAGGGAGCGACACCGAAGCCAGUGUUACAGUGAGCUUUAUGGAUGCUUGCAAAGGCACUGUACGCACUAUCAACGUCAAUCCUCUUUCUACAUGCACAACCUGUACCGGUUCGGGACUAAGGCGUGGAGCAAAACGGUCCGCUUGCGGGACUUGUGGUGGGACAGGAACAAGGACAUUCGUCAUAGAAAGUGGGUUUCAGAUGUCUAGCACUUGUGGUUCUUGCUAUGGUACAGGCACGACGAUUCCUCGUGGGAGCGGUUGUGUAGAUUGUGGGGGCCAAGGCCAUGUAAGGACAAAAAAGACAGUGAAAGUUGACAUACCACCCGGAGUGGAGGAUGGCAUGUCACUUCGAGUUCCAAAUGCGGGGGAUGCACCAGUGACAGGCAAAGGCAGCAAUGGCGAUCUGAUUGUUCGAGUGAACGUGACCGCUUCAAAGGUAUUCCGAAGGCAAGGUGCCAAUUUACAUCACGAGUCACGAAUACCACUUCACACCGCACUGCUUGGCGGACGCGUACGUGUACCAACGCUUGACGGUAAUGUAGACGUACGUGUGCCCAACGGAACUCAGCAUGGGGAAGAAAUGGUCCUUAAAGGUCAUGGUGUCCCAUCAGUCUUCAGUGGUGAUAAAGGGGAUCUUUUUGUCUCCUUCUCAGUUCAGAUACCCAGAUCCUUAACGAUGCGACAACGCGAGAUCUUGCAGCAAUAUGCAGAUGAUGUUGAAGGACGGACUACAGCACCAGCCAAGGAACAUUCUUCCUCGGGCGAGAAAGCCAGUGCUCCCACGAAAGAUCCAACACCGACACCGAUCGCAAAGGAUGCUGUUGAUGAACACAAUGAAGGUCACACUGGUAGCGAAAUGACAGAUAGCGGGACAUCGGAAGAUGCGGAGCGAGGGGAGAAGAAAAGAGCAAUUGCAUAGUUGAAAGGAUGAAGAAGGUGGAAGCAUCAUGAGCUCACGUUAUUAGAUACUAUCGGCACCUUGCUGCAUCUUGACUAAGGAGUACUAAAGCCAUCACUUCUAUUGAGUUUAUCCUACUAGUCUCCAGAAUAGAGCGCUGGAUUAGGUUU